ACCGUCUGGAGCACCAGCCUCCGCUUCCUUGAGCGCCGCCAUGGGCCGCCCAGAGCGCCGCCCGGGCUGCCGCGCGUACCCUCGCACGCCGAGCCAAGCGGAGCCGCAGCAUGUAAACACGCUCUUUGUGCCACACCGGUGUUUGUGUUAUUGUGUUUGCGGAAACUAUUGGCGGCGUUGUGACGACCCACGGCCGGCCGCCACCGAAGAGAGACCCCGCCGCAGCUGGGGGCACCCUCAAGGGGCACCCUCAAGGGGCACCCUCAAGGAGCACCCUCAAGGGCCGUGUGGACCCGCGUGAUGAGUUGUGCGCGAGACCACCGACACUAGUAGUUGAGGGAGCGAGCAGUGUCUGCUUCGUGAACGACAGUCGUCGGCUUUCCGCGUCCUCGUCUACGGUGGUGGCGUGUGUCGAAGCUAGACCGAGGAGGUGUCGGAGCAAUGACUGCCGCCUAGGGCCUUGGAGGCAGCUUCGGCUGCUUAUCGGCGACGGUCGUCGCCGUAUCUCGCUCCUCUGGCGCGCUGGCGGUCCGCUGGCGGUGCCGCUGUGCCAGUGCGAUGCCCAAGGCCCGAGCGCGAUGCAGUCCCGGCGGCGGCGCAUCACGACGACAGUCUGACGGCAGCCCUGCGGACCUGAGCCGGGCCCCGGCCCCGUGACCCGUGACCACACCAUGGUCACGAACGGCAGCGCGGAGGGCGCGGCGGCGGGUCCGGACGACCCCGUGCUGGCCGGGCUGGCCGGGCUGGCCGGCCUGAUGGACGGCAACGCGUCCUCCGCCUGGACGGCCUCCCCCCUGCCGUGGAUGACGUCCAACCUGACGGUCAACGCGUCCGACGGCUUCCCGCUCAACGACACCGAGUACGGCGAGUUCCAUACGUACGAGCUGCCCGUCUGGCGCCAGGUGCUCUGGUCCGCGCUCUUCGCCGGCAUGGUGAUCGUGGCGGCCUGCGGCAACGUGAUGGUGAUCUGGAUCGUGCUGGCGCACAAGCGCAUGCGCACCGUCACCAACUACUUCCUCGUCAACCUGUCGAUCGCCGACGCCAUGGUGUCGCUGCUCAACGUGACGGCCACGUACGUUGGCAUGCUGCACAACAACUGGCCGUUCGGGCGCCUCUACUGCAAGCUGUCGCAGUUCGUGGCCGUGCUCUCGAUCUGCGCGUCCGUCUUCACCCUAAUGGCCAUCUCCAUAGACAGGUACAUGGCCAUCAUGUACCCGCUGCGGCGCCGGCUGGGAAAGCGCACCACGCUGGCCCUGGCGCUCGGCAUCUGGGUCGUGGGCUCGGCCAUGUCCUCGCCCAUGCUCUUCUACCAGACCACCGAGCUGGUGGACGGCGACCGCGUGCUGUGCUACGCCGAGUGGCCCGACGGCCCAACCACCCGCAGCCACCAGGAAUAUGUGUACAACGUGGUCUUCAUGGUGGUGACUUACUUCGUGCCCAUCACGCUCAUGGGCCUCGCGUACCUGCGCGUGGGCAUCGAGCUGUGGGGCAGCCAGAGCAUCGGCGAGUGCACGCAGCGGCAGCUGCAGAACAUCCAGAGCAAGCGCCGGGUUGUGAAGAUGAUGAUCGUGGUGGUGACCAUCUUUGGCGUGUGCUGGCUCCCCUUCCACCUGUACUUCAUCAUCACGUCGGAGAUCCCCGAGAUCACCAGCUCCGCCUACGUGCAGGAAGUGUACCUGGGCAUCUACUGGCUGGCCAUGAGCAACUCGAUGUACAACCCCAUCAUCUACUGCUACAUGAACUCGAGGUUCCGGCGCGGCUUCCAGGCCUUCUUCUGGUGGUGCCCGUGCGUGCGCAGGCCGCAGGCGGCGCUGUCCCGGCGGGAGGCCGUCACCUCGAGGUACUCCGUGUCCGGCUCGCCAGACCACCACACUCGCAUCGUGCGCAACGCAGGCUCCACGCCGCGGCUCCUGGCGCUCCGCAGCAACGCGCCCGACCUGGUGCGCGGCCUCGCCGUGGCCACCGAGUCGGCGGCCUUCGUCGUCGGCGUGCACGUGCCCGGCCAGUCGCGCCGGCCGUCGCGCGUCGCCAGGGUCACGUCGAGCAGCGUCGAGGAGGACGACGACGAGGACGGCGUGCAGGUGGAGCUGAUCACGGACGACGAGGACGACUGGGGCAAGGUGACCGAGGACAUGGUCUGAGGGGUCGGCGCUGACUCAGUUGACCCUGGCCGGGGUGGAUCCCCACCACUUCAGCGGCGCGGCGGCCGGCUCGGGGCAGGUGCACCCAGGUCCCGUUCGGUGGCGUCAGCCGCCCUCCUGACAUGAGGACCAGCGAGCCGGCAACCGGCAGGCGAGGGUGCAGACCUGGCUCUAGCCUCGCGUCGGCCUGCCGAGCUCGCCCCGCGCCCCCUGACCUGUGUCCAAGAUACAGGCCACUAAACCCGUCGCGGUGCACCAGCCGUCCGCCAACUGCUUGACUCCUGUCGUUCUUACUAGGCAGAGGAACCGCUGAGGCAUUGCUUGUGAAACGACGGCACCGCACACGUACCGCGCGGGGGACUCUGAUUGCCGUUCGGGAUGACUCGUUCCCCGAAAAGCGGAAAUUUCCCUCAUGUACAUGACUCCAUCUGCCACCGGGUCCUCUCUGGCGGCUAUAUUCAAUAAUCUGGUAUUCCAAACAGUAAGAUACAUAAUUCUCAUGAGGAACGGAAUCUCAAGUCUGACAUGAGGCCUCGAAGACGACGAUAACGACAACAUCGUGAUAACGUUGUUGUGGAAGUAUCAUUUUGAAGAUAUUUGGACAGUGCUACUUUUAUUGUUUUAUUUCGGCAACAUAUCACUCGUCGUUGCAUUCUGUAAACUCGCCGAUAUAAAGCACUCACUAAAGAAUAUUAUUGAUAUGCCUUGAUUAAAAUGUGCUACAAUAAAAAUGUGUAAAUGUAGAGAACGUGAAAAAAUAUUUUUUGUAACAGUUAUUUUUCCUUAUUGUUGUUCUUUCCAAACUAUAAAUUAAGAUUCUGUGCCAAUGUGAACCUCUAGAAUUCCAAGAACGAUCAUAUUAUUCCCGAUUUGGACGUGAACCGAAUGUAAAUGUUAUCGAUGUAAAUAAAAUUGAUUGAGAUACUAA